CCCAAUACCGCAGAAACCAACCGCACUUGGUUUAUAGAUCAUGUAGUCUCAACACAAACACUAAAAUGGAUUUUACAAUACGAGACUUUGAUCUUCGUAACUCCUUCUCUCUGGAACGCAAAUUACUACUAGUCCUCGGUUUUUACCCAAUAAGAGACAAAGAGAAACACAGAAUUUUGCACCAAUUAAGUGCCUUUCUCAAUCUUUUACUUUACUAUGGGCAGCUUUUAACAAUAAUCAUUCAGAUGGUCAUCGACAGGAACGAUUUAUCCAAACUCACCGACUCCACACUAUAUUUCCUAACACUUUUCACCUUUCUGUGCAAAUUAUUCAAUUUUCAGUACUAUGGCAAGGAUUUAAUCGAAGUUGAAAAAUCCCUAACAGACCCAAUCUUCUAUGGAUAUUCUUUCCACAAAUUGCAAAUAAUUAAGGCAAAGGUUCGCUCCUGCACUUUGGUUUGUCUGGCUUUUAGAAUUAGCUGCACCUGUAGUUGUUUCAUCUACAGCGUGGUGCCUUUUAUUGACAGGAGUGGGCAAAAAACUCUGUCAAUUCCCGGCUGGUUUCCUUAUGAUACAGCCAAACAUUUCUAUAUCACGUUUUUUCUCCAAAGUUUAAGUUUGUUUAUUAGUGCUCAUUGUAACUCAGCCACUGAUACCUUACCCUGCAAACUUAUAUCACUAGCGACAGCACAGUUCGAGCUUUUGAAGGAUAAUUUAAGAACAAUUGACUAUGAGAAUAGUUUUGAGGAAACUAAACACGCUCUUGUCAAGUGUAUAACGCACCACAGGAAAAUUGUCAAUUACACCAAACGAGUUGAGACCAUUUUCUCCAAAGGAAUAUUCCUCCAAUUGUUCGCCAGCGUGUUAGUUAUCUGUACUACAGGUUUCCAAUUAGUGAUCGUACCAUUUGGUAGUUUGAAGUUUGCCAUUCAUGGGAUUUAUUUAUGUGCAAUGACUGCUCAGAUUGCCAUUUAUUGUUACUACGGACAUGAUGUCAUGAUAACUAGUGAUGAAAUUGGAACAUCGUUGUAUAUGUCGAAUUGGUACGCUAGUCAUAUUAAAAUUCGCAAAAUUAUGGUGAUUUUUUUGGAGAAAACCAAAAAACCGACGAUUGUUCUGGCGGGGAAUUUUAUCACCUUGUCGUUGGUCACACUGACACAGAUUUUGCGAUCGGCCUAUUCAUAUUUCGCGGUUUUGCGACGUCUCUAUGCCGAUGAUUAAAUGUUCUUGAAUUUGGUUAAUCAAUAAAGCACUGCACUUAUCAGAAGAAAUUUCAGUUUUUGAUUA